AUGUCGGAAGCCUAUGACGACGGGUAUGAGGACAUUACUGGAGUUGACAUCGUGCCUGCGGUCGUUGACGCGAUGAAGCAGCUGAACGCUUCAAGACGUCCUGGGAUCAAGUACGAAGUGGCUGAUGCGCGGGAGCUCUCGGUGUUCUCUGACGGCUCCUUCGACGUUGUCUUUGACAAGAGCACGUUAGACGCCCUGAAACACCUGCAGUUUGUCACUCCUCUAUUCCAAAUGCCCAUAGAUGCUCUUGGUAAAUCAUUGCUGCUUGAGCCUCAGGUGUACCUCUGCGUCAGCCUCAAUGUACCGGAGGAGGCGCAGCCAGCAAUCGACACUUGCAUUGAGCUUUACAACCCCAAGUCCUUAACGGCCUAG